UUUCUUUCUAGUCACACAUGUAAAAACUCCUCAAAAACCACAACAAUUGAGAUGCUUGCUCUGUGCUCAUAGGUCUUGCCCUCUUGGUGAUUGGUACUAAUGCAUAGCAUUAUCAAAUUUGUUAGUUGAUGUCAAAUGAUUGUGCAUCUAUCUGAAAGUGGUUUCAGAGAGCGGCCAUGGCAAUGGGAAAUGAGAUUCUGAGAAAGGAAGUUCUUCCAUUUGCAGCAAUGAUAGUAGUGGUGUGUAUGGAGAUGGCAACAUCCACAAUAGCCAAAGCAGCCCUUAAUUCCGGGCUAAGCUCUCUUAUUUUCGUGCUUUACUACAAUUUCCUUGGCGCCCUCCUUCUUCUUCCUGGAUUCUUCAUCCAGAGGCACAGAAGGAAUCCACUGCCUAUAACCUUGUCUAUUCUGAGUAGAUGUUUCAUCCUUGGCCUGCUCGGGACAUGUCUGGUGAUUGGUUUGGGUUUCCAAGGGCUCAACUAUAGCUCUCCUACUCUGGCUGCAGGCAUUAGUAACUUGAUGCCUGGUUUUACAUUUGUUCUUGCCAUGAUUUUCAGGAUGGAGAAGUUUGAGGUGAAGAGAAGAACAUGGCAAGCAAAAUCAGUGGGCACACUUGUGUCAAUUAUAGGGGCAUCUAUCAUGACUCUAUAUCAAGGACCAACAAUCUUGGGAUCAUCAUCUUCAUCUUCAUCAUCUACUUUGCCUUCUUAUUUGCCUCAUCAAUCUCUUCUGUCACAUUCCUCAAAGUGGGUGCUAGGGGGUGUUAUGCUUCUAGCCGCAUGCUUUUUCGCAUCUGGGUGGAACAUUUUGCAGACAGCUACUCUAAAGGAAUACCCAGAACAGAUGACAGUAGUGUUCUUCACUACUUGCUUUGGGAGCAUCCAAUGGGCAAUUGUUUCAGUACUAGUAGAAAGGAAGGUAGAUGCUUGGAAGGUGCAGCCUGGCAUUGGAAUGGCUGCCAUUGUUGUUUCUGCGGUUUUAGAGCCUCUGUGUUGCAAAAAUAUUACUACUUUCUGCUUGGACACGAAGGGUCCUCUCUACGUUGCCAUGUUCAAACCCCUGGGAAUUGUCAUUGCAGCAACUAUAAACCUUGUUUUUCUUGCGGACGCCCUUCAUUUGGGCAGUAUUAUCGGAUCAAUAACAAUUAUUAUUGGAUUCUACGGGGUGAUGUGGGGCAUGUCAAGAGAGGUGACCAUAGUUGAGCCAACAGAUAUUUUAUGUGAAAGUGGAGCUGUGAACGGAACAUCACCCCUGCUACACAAGUAAUUGAACAGUGUUUAAAACGUGAUUGUGACCGUAUAGAUUCCAUUUGCUACUGAUGAGCCCACAAACUGCAUCACCUUUCCCAAUCAUUAUACCGUGAACCAGUGCACUUUGGACUCUGAUCCUAAACGACGUAGUUUUGAAUUUUAAUUUUGACGGCAACAAUUAUUUGUUGUUUGUCUCUUGUGUUAUGCGUUUCUGUGUCUCAUGUUAUGCAAUUUUGUACUUUAAGCGUAUGGAUUCUGUACUUGAAAUAAAGUAAAAAUAACAUGCACUUUUGUGUCU